AUGGGAAAAAAAGAGGGUCUGCCAGGGGUUUACUGGGAGGCUGCUCAGGAGGUCGCCCAGAAUCUAUUGAUAGUUGACAGUGUAGAGAACAGGUUGCAUGCUGAGGAGUGGGAAAGUGCUAGUACCCCCUCAGAAAGGCAUCUGCUGGAGUUGCAUUGCCUUGAAUACCUUGAUCUAGUACGUGGAACGAUCAUCAAUCCCAUGCAUAAUUUAUUCCUGGGAACGCCUAAAACAUUGAUGGAUCGUUGGAUCAAAGGUGAAGACAUUCAAGAUAGCAAUUUUGCAGCAAUGCAGAAAACUGCAGAAACAAUGAUUGUGCCUGUUCUGUUGAAAGAUGUUCUUGCAAAAGACAGAUUCAAAAACUGGAUUAACUUUGUUGAUACAUGCUGCCUGUUGAUCAAGCCAAUGAUCACGUUCAAUGAAGUCAACACUGUCCAUCAGUUUCUUCAAACUUUUUGCACCAGAUAUGACGAGCUGUACAACGCCAAAAUCCUCACCUGUAAUAUGCACCUACACCUCCAUCUUCGAAAUAAAAUUCGUGAUUUUGGACCAGUGUACGGUUAUUGGCUAUUUGGGUUUGAGCAAUUUAAUGAGUUGUUAAAAAAUUUGAAGACAAACAGAAAGAUUGGGUUUAAAGAAACAUUUAUGAAAAGAUUUAUUGAUGUGCACAAAGAUGAUCUUGUCAACAGUUUCCUUCAGAGUACCCGCCAGACAUCUGCAUUUCCUCUUCUUACCAAACUCAUUUCUUCCUUUACACCUGCCACCAUUUCAUCCAUCUAUCAAUGUACCUUCCACAUACAGUCGUUUGUCAAGGCUUCUGAAGAUCCAAAUGUACUUGUAAAAGGCAACGAACCUCUCCCUCCUUCCACAUUCCCUCUAUCAUUAAAAUCUGCUACCACAAUGAGUGACAUUCACUAUGCUCAUCUCUUACAAUACUACAAAGUUGCAUACAACAAUGAACAACUAGUUCACUUUCAACAAGCAUCGGAAUCACCAUACUUUGUCAACAAUACAAUCACCCUGUUGAAAUACAUCAACAUCCUUGGGCAGGUCUACAAGGGUAAAGAUGAAUCUGGAAGUCAUGGCUCUCUUGUACAAGCAAAGUUCAUUGGAAGUACUGGUGAGCAUAUCAUAGCAUACAUGGGUCAAAUACAAUACAUUUUCACCCAUUCCUUUAUUCCUCCACCCACCUCUUCAUCACUUACUCCCUUACUCCACACCCAUUGCCACCCAAUGCAACUUCUUCACAAUUCUCAACAUACUUUUGCAUUUAUCAAAUGCUAA